AUGUUGGUGAUGGGAGCACUGAAGCGGAAAGGAGGUGAGGAGACAAGAGAAGAAAUGGAGAAAGGAGAAAAACCAAGUAACAGAGACAAACUAAGAGAUGAUACCAAUUUGGAAUUAUCAGAAUUUGAAAUAAGUAUGAUUAAUAUGUUAAAGACUCUGAUAGAAAACAUAGACAACAUGGAACAACAAAUGGACAAUGCUUCUGCUAAGCCAGUGCCACCUUCAUCUCCGUUCAGCCCCAUCACGAUUAUCUUCCAGGACCUCAUCAGCCACAAUGAGAUGUUCUCUGACAUUUACAAGAUCCGGGAGAUCACAAAUGGGCUGUGCCUGGAAGUGGAGCAGAAUAGUAAGACAACAGGGAACACUGAUGACUCACUCAUUGGCAGAAAUUCCUCCUCUGAAAGCACUGAGGGUGAAGUUACUGAAAGCACAAUAAUCACUAGUGUUGAUAUUGUUACAAACCAUCACUUGCAGGAAAGCAGCUUCACAAAAGAAGCCUACAAGAAGUAUAUCAAAGAUUACAUGAAAUCGAUCAAUGAAAAACUUGAAGAACAGAGACCAGAAAGAGUGAAACCUUUUAUAACAGAUGAAGAACAAAUCAAGCACAUCUUUGCUAAUUUUAAAAACUACCAGUUCUUUAUUGGUGAAAACCUAAAUCCACCUGGCAUGGUUGCUAUGCUGAACUACCAUAAGGAUGGUCAGUAUGACCCCACAUAUGAUUUUUUAAAGAAUGGUUUAGAAAUUAAAAGAUGUUAA